UCGAGCGGGCUGUCCCUCAGACGCACGCUUCGCUCUGAUUGGUCGCGAGGCGUCGAGCUCAGGCGAGCUGUCUUCUUCUUCUUAUCAGUUCUGACAGUGUGGAAAAAUGUUCAUUUUUUCCCUCAGAGGGGUCGUUAUCGACAGAAACCGAUGUUCUCUCAUUUCUCCGGACUCUGCGGGGGCAGGGUUUAGGCGGAGUUCUUACCGGCUGACCGGUGAGGGGCGGCGGGCAGAAGCUUGAAGCCGUGUCGGUGAGAAGAUGCAGAGCUCCAAAAGUUUUCGGCUGGAUGACUUCGUGGCGGGAUGGAUCGGCGGAGCAUCCAGCGUGGUCGUCGGACAUCCGCUGGACACGGUGAAGACGAGGCUGCAGGCGGGAAAAGGCUACAAGAACGCUCUGCACUGCAUCUUCACCAUCUACAGGAAGGAAACGGCCAUGGGGUUCUUUAAGGGCAUGUCUUUCCCGCUCGCCAGCAUCACGGUCUACAACUCUGUUGUGUUUGGCUUCUUCAGCAACAUUCAAAGACUAAUAAACAAAUACCGCCACGGCGACGAGCGGCGCCGCUGCGGCAUAUUGGACCUGACGGCGGCCAGCUCGCUGACCGGGCUGGUGUCGGUGGGCCUGGGAGCGCCGGUGGACCUGGUCAAGAUCAGACUGCAGAUGCAGACACAGACGGUCCUGACAGAGAACCUCCACCUGGCUGCUAACGGUCCCAGCGGCACCAACAUCCCGCUGCGCUCCAUCGACCUCCCGGGCCAGCAGCUCUACCGAGGCCCCGUCCACUGCAUCAGCAGCAUCCUGCAGACCGAGGGUCUCCAAGGAYUGUACCGAGGGGCCGGGGCCAUGGUCCUGAGGGACGUCCCCGGGUACACCCUCUACUUCAUCCCUUACGCCGUCCUCUGCGACCUGCUGACCCCCGACGCCUCGUCCAGCCCGCAUCCCGUCUCCAUCUGGCUCGCUGGAGGUUUGGCAGGGUCCAUCUCCUGGGUCACGGCCACUCCUGCUGAUGUGGUGAAGAGUCGGCUGCAGGCGGACGCUCAGCCUCAGAGGAAGUACCGAGGGAUUUUCCACUGCAUCGCCCACAGCUACAGAACAGAGGGGGUCCAG